AUGGCGGCCGCCCUCACCGCCCGCCCCGCCUCUGCCCGCGUGCUGCGGGCGGCCCUGGGUCGGGUGCUGCUGCUGCUGCCGCCGCUCCUCAGGCCAGCGAACGCCGUGGAGCCCAUCAGCCUGGGGCUAGCGAUCGCCGGCGCCGCCGCCUCGGCCCUUACCGGCUUCAUCUCCUACCCGCGGCUCUACUGCUACUUCAGGGAGUGCUGCCUCCAGCGGCACGACCAGCGCGCCGCCGCCGCUCUGCAGGAGAAUUUGGACAAGAAGCUGUUCGGGCAGCACCUGGUGAACAAGGUGGUUGUAAAGGCCGUGAAGGGCUUCUUGAACAACACCAACGCCAAAAAGCCUCUUGCCCUUUCCUUGCACGGGUGGACUGGAACAGGCAAAAACUUCGUCGGUAGGAUAGUCGCCGAAAGCAUUUAUAAAAGAGGUCUGCGGAGUAAAUACGUCCAUCAGUUCGUGGCAACUUUACACUUUCCUCACGCUCACAGCAUCAAUCUCUACAAGGACCAGUUGCAGUCGUGGAUUCGGGGAAAUGUGAGCAUCUGUCCCAGAUCACUCUUCAUAUUUGAUGAAAUGGAUAAAAUGCAUGCAGGACUCAUUGACUCCAUCAAGCCAUUCCUGGACUACUAUGAGCUUCUGGAUGGGGUGUCUUACCGCCAAGCCAUCUUCAUAUUCCUCAGCAAUGCAGGAGCUGAAAAGAUAACAGAGGUGGCCCUAGAUUUCUGGAGAAACGGGAGGACAAGGGAAGAUAUACAGCUCACAGAUAUCCAAAAUGCACUGUCUGUGUCUGUCUUCAAUAACAAAAAUAGUGGAUUUUGGCACAGCACCUUGAUUGACAGAAAUCUCAUUGACUACUUUGUUCCCUUCCUGCCUCUGGAAUACAAACAUGUGAAAAUGUGUGUUAAGGUUGAGAUUGAAUCACGUGGCUAUGCUGUGGAUGAAGACAUUUUAACCAGAAUAGCCAAUGAGAUGACCUACUUCCCCAGAGAGGAGAGAAUUUAUUCAGAUAAAGGAUGUAAAACUGUGGAUGCAAAGCUGGAUUAUUACUUCUAACAAUUUAUUGCUACAUCCUGCAAAGAAGCAAAUUUAACUUAAUCACAAAGUGGAGAACCCGGGACAUUUCAUUUUUAAGCACUUUUUAAAGAAGGGAACAUUAUUUUUUAACUGGUGUGUAAAUAAGCCGCAGUGCCUCUGCAUUUUUAUUCUGUCACUAGUCACGGCUCCCAAGUACUUCAGCCUUGUGUUGUCAAGGUAAGAACGAACUGCGUUGUGAAUACAGGGGUCUGUGUCUGACAGUGCCGAAGCCUCCUCUCAGAUCGUGUGUCGAUCGUCAGAACUAUUUGGCAGACUGUUGGCACGUAUAGAAGGACUGAGACUGUGACCUAAUUUUAAUUGGAUUUUGGUUUGAUGUGGGUGAUCUCUAGACAACGUUGAGAAUUUUAAUCAAAGUUCCUAUGUCUGUGAAAGCGUUCAUUGGGCUUGUGUGGGAAUAUUCCUAUAACUGCAUUAAAAGCAGGAUAUGUGUCUCUUCUCCUUGAACAGCUUGGCUCCAGUAAAGAUAAGGGGGGAUUCUGUAAUUAAAAAAAAUCCAGAGUCUUCUAUCUAACAUCAUGCAGUACCAUUGUCUUUCUCAAAACAGUGGUAUUAAUUUGGUCUCCUGCAUGUCAAACCAAGAAUAUGAAACUUUGGUGUGAACAGUGUUCAGAGGGCAGACUUAAUAUUACAAGGAAGUGAGUUAAAAUCCUUGACUGCCAGAUCAUUGUAGUUGGUUUCUAUUUUUGGUGGGUUUUUUAAGUAUAAAGUUGCCCACAGCAUGCUGUCCCAGGAGUGACCUCAAGAGGAAGAAAAGUGUGCUUUCUGACUGGUGAGUCAGCUUCAUGGAAAGGGUGUAACUUAAUGGGAAACGUACAGGUUAAACUUUAUACCAAGGACAUGGAAAAGAGUUUUUUUCUCUUCACCUGCAUGUAGAAUUCAGGGGCCAGCGUGCAGGGGUUUCCCUUUUUCAUCUUCUCGCAAUACUGUAUGCCUUUGAGGCAGGGAUGAAGACAGAUCCAAAGGCAUUUGAAGAAAAAAAAAUAGUGAAAUGUGUCAACUGAAGUUACUGCGAAGUGUCAGAAUUGUUUCUGAAUGUGAGCACUGCAGAGGCUUUUUUUCACUCCAGUUUCUACUCAAAAUAAACUUUUCUCAUUGGAAAUGUAUUUCUUAGCUACCUUCUGGUGUACUUUGCAUUGAGUGACGUUAAUUUUGCACAAACUUACUAUUUGUUGAGGAAGAGCAUACUGCAUUUCUGGCUGAAGUGUUCAGCUGUGCUUGACUAUAGCUAUCUCCCUUCUUGAGCUCAAAGGCAAUAGGAGGAGAUGUGACUCUUUGCUACCUUGUGAAAGGGAAACAAAUGAAGUUUGGAGUGGAAGCUGCACUUCUAGACCAUCGGUACUAAUUACACUUGCACCAUUUUUGUAGCGGCAGAAUUUCUAGAUGUGUGUGUGCUCAACAGUAUCAUAAGGAUGAACUUGUCUGCUAGAGACUAGUUAAAACCCUGCUUCUUGUCUCCUCCUCCCACUGUGUUACCACUGACUGAACACCCUGCAGGCUCUGAUUGAAGCCACUCACAUUUUCAGUGGUACCAUCUUGGAUGUUUUCUCUGCAAGAGGAAAAAAGGGGCCAGUAAGACUCCAGCUGUCCAGUUCUACUCUGAAGUUGUAUAAUAUGCAAAUUAUUAGUUCUAGUAUUUGUCAGCAAAUGAGUGCUUUGAACUUGGGUAUUUAUCUGUUUCUUUGACCUCCUGAUUAUAGCAAAUGACUAGCUAAUGGAAAAAAGCAGACGUGAAAACGAUAAACUUUUACUGCCAUCUGGUACGUUCUCAUCAAAAGAAACAGUUCAGCCAAGCAGCAUUGUGGCUCUUCCAGCAUUAAAUGUUUUAGUUCUGCUUUGUGUGUCAUUGCAGCAUCUAUACUAGCAUUUGACAUAUAUUGGUAGCAAGUAUUUCAUUGUAUCAUAGCCCUAGAUGGCUUAGGGUAGAUGGAAGCUUCCUCUAGAGUGUGUAGAAAUAAUAGUGAAAGGGUGGAGACUGCCUCCAUUUAAUCUCUCCUCUGUUCUUGAAUACAGCAGACCUGGCUAGGAGCAUUUCCAUCUGGGUAAAAGAAAUAUGUGUGCCUGAAAUCACUCCCAGAUUUGAUCCUUCCAAUCAUGUCGUAUUCAUCCCCUUUAGACUGUAUGGUUUCAAAGCUGAGGUCCUUGCUCCGUCUGUCUUGCUGUGACUGGGUAACUUUGGCCAUUAUUCUUUUUAAUAGGCCACUUGAGAGUGGAUCAGACAACUUGAAAGAAAAAUGUCAAGCAGGGGGAAAGGUCUGAUCCCUAGAGAAACAGUCCAUUGGCCAGGUGAGAGUAGCUGAGCAGUUGCUGAAACUGAAUUUUGUUCUUACCAAAGUCCAGUACAAGCAACUGCUGCUUUAAUUCAGCUGCCUUCUGCAGGGAAUGUUACAAGAUCUCAUGCUGUGCUCAUAAAAUGAGAGGCUAUGGUUAAAAUACAGCUAUGUAGUUAGUGCUGCUCUCUUGACAGAAAGAGGCAGCCUGGCCCUAGAGAUUCAUCUGCCUGACGCCCUGGGCCAAACAGCCAAGCUGUCAUGUGUGCGGAGUGGUGCAGGCAUAGUACAAAGUCCUGAUGAACAAGACAGCUUACGCUUCCCAUAUAUGCUUCAUAACGAGUUUUGUUGUGCAUCAUUACAGCACAACACAUGGUUCACAACAGUGUGAACAACUGGCUGUUCAGUGAGGUGUGAGUUGUUGCCAACAGCUGUACCUCACUUGAAUUAGGCUGUUGUUUACACACUGGCUUUUUUUCAGUGCUAGAGAGGCUGCAGAUGCUCUGGCCCACGGAGAUACGAUGAAGGCCUGUAGCCCUAUCACACCUUUGCUAGCUAGAGAGGUGAAGAGCCACCUUGAAUGACAGCUUUCCAAACACAGUGCAGAGAGGAGGAAUGGCUAAACAAGCUACCUGAGGCAUAUUUGUCCUGCAGUGCCUGGCAGUAUGGUGGAAGAUAUCUGUUAAUAACUAUGAAGCAGAGCAAGCAGAGACUUCAAGGCUUUUUCGUAGGUUUUUGUUUCUACUGAGCUGUAUUUAACUGCUGAAUUCCUUACUGUGCUGUCGGAUGAAUCAACAUGUUUUAAUAUCAACAGGCUAUUUCAUCUGCUUAUCUAUUGUUAUAAACAACUCUUUAAGAAUAAAGGAAGCUUAACAGAAAGCCACAGUGCAGCUAGUUGAAAAACCACAUAAACUAGUACUUUCCUAUAGCUGAAAAUGAUUAAACCGAGAAAAGUGACUCAAGAUUUAUUCCAACUGCAGUACAGUAGUAAUAUUUAGUGUUUUGAGAUUGCACUGGAUGUAGCAUAAUACACCUAUGAAUAAGUCAGUUAAUAGGCAAAACACUGUACAUGAAAAGCAACAGUCCAAUGUCCCAAGGUUAAUGGCUAGCUAGCAUUUGGCUCUGAAGAUUGCAUCAGCAUGAACAGUUUGCCAACAUUUGACAAACUCCACAUGGGCUGUAAAAGGCAAUUGACAUUUUUAAUUUAGAGUGUAAGAUAAAAGCUAAGCUCUCUGUUGUAAUUUGAAUUAACAUUAUAGUGUUGAGACCUAUAAGUUUUUUGCAGCACAUCUUAAAGGAAGUUUAAGUACAAGUGAGGGAGUAGUUGCUGCAGCACAAAAAUAGCUCAAUCCCUCAUACCAGUUUAAAAAACCACUACAAUCAACCAAGUGAUAGGCACUUCUGUCUUGCACUACAGUAUUUGAUCCGCAAGUGAUGGAUGAUUAAAGAGUUAAAGCUUGCAAGAGUUUAAAACCCCAGCCUUACCAGUGGGUGAGGGUUAAGUCAAUCUUUCCCAGCUUCCUUAAAUCAAUCUUUCCCAGCUUCCUAACGCAUCACUUACCCUCCCACACAAGACAUUUUUUUAACAUUAAAAGCUACUACAAAACAUACUUAUCUAGUGAGGUAUGGGAUUGUUGAUUGCUCCCAUUUCCCAUACUCCCUUCUCUGUCGCUCUCUAGGAAGAGCGUUGUAUUGCUGUUGCUUACACUUCAGUAUAAAAAUACACUAUUAAAAAUAACUUCUGCCACAAAAGUGUCUUCCAAGCAAGGUGAGAGUAGCAUUAUCCACUCCUAGACUAUUGGGUGCAGCUGGGAGGGACUACUAAAGAUCUUGCAGACUUCAGGCCCAGGAGCCUGCAUGCAAAUUAACCUGACAAGCUGUAACAGUCAAAUCCUCAUGAGAGAUUUUUCUGAUUAAGAACAGGUGACUGGCCUAGUAUGUUCUGUCAGAUCCUGCAGAUGUGUUCCUCUGCUUAGGAAGACCUGGAGUUGCCACACAAAUUCACUUAGCCCCCUUAGAAGAAUGUAAAAGUUUCUUGUACAAUUUCUUUUUCCCCAAAGAAUCACAGGGGCAAGCAGUUACUUCUCCCCCACACCCCUUCUCUACUAUUUAGUAACAGAUCUCCUGGAGUUCAUCGUGACUUUCCAUAUUACUGUAGCAGGAGGUGUGGUACAAUGCCACAGCUCAGGUGAUAUAAACUAUAAUCAUGCCCUUCUGUCCCUGAAUAGCUGAUGCUCACCUGUAGAAGCCACACCAGCAUCAGUCUGCUGAUGGGAAGCCUUCCACUGUACCAUCUUCUUACUGCAACACAUCGAGGUAUUCACACUUGCAGACACUAUCAUAGUCCUGAACACACCACACAUCCCUUCAUUUCACUAGCCCAUGAACGAGACCGUGUACAAGGAAGGGAAUAUGACUGCCUGGAAGCAUUCCUCUGUUCUCCUUUGCUCUGGUCUAGUUUUUGUGGAAAGAGGAAUUAAAUACUUCAUAAUCCCAGCACUUGCAAGAAUAAAGCAGGAGAGGCUGUAUCCAGUGCUAUGUAUGUGUCAUGCUCAGAAAUUCUCUACAGGUUAAAAAAAAAAA